ACGCGCUGUCGCGCUCGCGGAAUUGCCUCUGUUACGCAAUUACGUCGGACGCGUCUCGCUGAGUGCACCACAACGCGCACUGCAACUCCCGCGGCUGCACAAGCCAUUGCAUGCACAAGUCCGCGACUCCACUGCGUCGCGAAACGCUGCGUUUGAAAACACAAUGGAAAAACGCGUGAGAGAUACAUCGCGCCGACGCAACUUUCGCUUUCUUUCUUUCCCUCAUCUCGUAGAAUACUUGUUAAUUAAUUAAAAUAAAUUCGCGCGUAUCUCGAGAAACAUCGUUAAUGAACGAACAUUCCGUUCAAGCGACAUAUCUGAUCGUUUUUGCAAACUUUAGUUUGGGUAACUGAGUGGGGAUCGAACGAAAAACUCGCAAGAAAUAAUAAAAUAAUAAAAUUAACCUAAAUAAAAGGAGAUCAGAAUUUUCAAGUUAUCUUUAAAUCCAGAAUUAAAAAUUCUGACUUCCAAUUCGUGAUCAGUGACCUGAAAAAUUUCCAGUUACAAAGUUGUAAAAACAUCGACAAAAAUUCGCGACACAACUCGUUCGAGAUAACUGAGAGUAAUUGACUGAGUAGAAAUCUCCUACAGGAACUUUUCUGUUCCGAUCUUUUCAUUCGUUUUCCACAAGUUUCACUAACAGAGUUGUUUUUCCCGUGUAGGGCGAUUAAGUUGAUCGGAAAGUUUGGUCGUGUAUCAGUUUGUUAAUUUUCGGUCGGGUCGUUAACUUUUUCUUAAGGUACAGCAUCUCUAAUAAAGUAAAUAUUGCUUCUUGUUUCUCUCGAAAAAUUGCAUCAUCGCCGUGCCGCCAUAGGUGCCAAUUAUGCAAAUCGCGCGUACAAAUUGCCUCCCCGGUCCUUUCGCGGCUCUUCGAGACCGGCUCGGCGCUUCCGCGUGCAGAUGAGAAAUGCAGUUUUACGGUGUAUCAUGUUAUCAUUGCGUCAACGCGACCUUGACACUGAAGCGCGCGAGAUCGCGAUCGCGAUCCCCACUACCGUCGGGAUCGAGCACUAAAUCGUGCCGUAGGAAAGGUGAGGAACUCGCAGGGGUCCUGCGGGCGAUUUUACGCAGUAAUUUUUGCGACAUCGCGGCAACCACACCGCUGCGUUCGCGUUUGGAAGCGAACACGCUCGCCGACAGUGUCGACUCGCUCAGCAGUCAGCCGAGACUCGUCUCCAAGCGUCCAUCCGCGAUGAUCCUGGACGAGGAUCUUUACCCGCCCAGGCACAAAACGGUGAUCAAAUACCGCACCACCACGCAACAGAGCACUCAGAACAGCAGUUCCCUGAGUCCUCAGCAUGACGCUCACACUUGGCUGGACGGCCUCAACAGUCCUCUCAUUCAAGACGAGGGUGACAGCAAGAUGUUGAAACUGCGCUUCGACGUUUCGCAGUACACGCCCGAGGAGAUCGUCGUGAAGACCGUGGACAACAAAUUACUGGUCCACGCUAAGCACGAGGAGAAGACGGAGAGCAAAUCGGUGUACAGGGAGUACAAUCGGGAAUUCCUGUUGCCGAAGGGAACCAAUCCCGAGAGCAUCAAGUCUUCCUUGAGCAAGGACGGUGUCCUUACUGUGGAGGCGCCUUUACCAGCGAUCGGCGCCGGCGAGAAGCUAAUCCCGAUCGCGCAUCAGUAAACUCCGGACGAGUCGCGAAGAAUCGACUUCGGAGAUUUCCCGCUUCGAGAAAAAAAACAUCCUUCCCGUUCCGAUCAUCACUCACUAAAACCGGACUUUUCCUUCGAGUAACCAAACCAAACCGUAAGUCCUACAGUCCUUCUUCUGUUGAUCCUUCACAGCGAUUAGAAAAGAAAAGAAACGACCUCUCACAUACACUCAAAUCGAUUUAUCCAUGCGAGAAAGUUGUUUGACCAAUUUUAACUAUAUAUAUAUAUAUAUAUAUAUAUAAAAUUAUAUAUAUAUAUAUAGCGAAGAUAUAAAAGCUAUUUACGCCGAAUACAUGAUGCGUACGCGACAAAAUUGAAUUUCGCUAAUUGAAGAAGAAAAAAAGCAGAAGCUAAUCAAACGUAUUUAGAUCAGUGUUGAAGUGCUAUAUAUAUAUAUAUAUAUAUAUAUAUAUAUAUAUAUAUAUAUAUAAAAGUGAAAAAUUCACAUGUUUGAUAAAACGUUUUCCUUUUUCAUACGUGCGGCUUUAUUCCUUUGAUACACAUGAUAUUUCGGAUUCCCUCGUAGACUAGUAGCUAGUAACUUUUUUCAGAAACGUGCAUUGCCUUUGAAGAAGAUAUACAUAUAUUUUAGUUAGGCGUUUCUCUUUUUUUUCUCUCUUUUUCUCUCUCUCUCAAGAGAGAGAAGCUGUGAGCUGUAUUGUGCUUACUUGUGCACCGCGCACCAACGAGUCCAACUAUUGCAAAUCAAACGGGACAAAACGUUUGUAAUGGUUAACUUAUAUAUGUGUUAGUUUAGGUGUACGUUAAAAGACUAUAACACGAUGCUUAGCAUACGUAAGCAUUAUAUAUUGAUAUUAUUUAUGAAUAUUUUAAUAUUUUCGAGAGAUGCGCAUAAUAUUUAAAGGUAAUGCGGAUACACGCGCGGAAGUUUAAAUAAAAAUCAACGAUAAAGCGAA